AUGGCGCAAUUGCCUGGGUUCCGCCGCAGCAUCCGACUGGAAGCAAGCUACCGUGUUUUGCAGGAGCGCUAUGGAUAUGUGAGACAGGGGCUGGUUUGGCUUUGUUCAUUUUCGGAGAUCAUGUCUGUGGCCGCAGUGCCUGCAGUCCACAUGUCAACCUCCCCAUUUUUCACCAUUGCAGCUCUUUGUCUAAUGUUUCUGCUCGCCUGCUGGCGUGCCGGAAGUGUCUCGGACGUCAUAUGGCAACCCGCUCAUUUGCUGCGGCCGAAGAACUAUUCCAAAUUUGGCUGCGGGGCAAAGCAGCGGUCAAGCCGGACUUUUUUUGCUCUAUCCAUGGUGAUUCGUUUGUCUUGUUCUGUCAUCCUUGCCAGCAAUAUCUUCAACUGGAUUGCGGAUGACACCACGUGGCGAUCCUGUGAAGCGUUUUUCCUGCCAUGGGCGGAAUAUACUCGCUCGGACAUGCAUGCAGAUUCGAGCCUUUGUGAUGCUGACCCUCAGAUCAGCGAGUGGUGUGAAGCUAUCCGUUUGUUUGAGAGCCGCUGUAACGAUCCAGUUCGGUUGACAUCCCUACUGCACUACUACGCUUGGACCGGACUGGGCAUGGAGUGCACCAACCACACAGGCGUCAUCAACGUCACGGCAGUCGCUGAGUACUUCCCUUGGUAUCUCCCGUACUGUGAAACGCUCAACGGUACAGAAAUCGGCUGCUACGCGUUAGAGGACGAGAACUUGGAGGUUGGAGAGAAAUUGAUCAUUUGGACAGAUGAGAAGGAAAUCGGCCUGAAUGAAGCGUGCGAAGCGUGGCCUCAGGCAUUGCGUGUUAUCUACAACUGUCAAAUGUUCUUUCAUGACACCAACUACUGCCAAAAUGCCUCGGACACUUCGGCUGGUGCCACCAAAUGGGAUAGGCAUUUGGGGCAGUCUUGUGAGGCCCAUCGCUGUGUGGAUUUUCUACCCGAUUGGUUGUACUUCUUGAAUGAUGUCGAGAAAAAGAUGUAUUGCAAAUGCCAGCAAUGCACGCCCUGGUGGAGAUUGAAUGAGUGCACUUUGGAGGCAGUGGAUACGGCCACGCGCCGGAUCAUGGAACAGCCAUUGAUAUAUGGACUGGACUGGGGUGAGGUCUUGUCGGAUCCACGAUUUGGGGUCCAAUUUGUAUUGGUCGUCUUCUGCAUUUCUGGUCCUAUCCUGUGGCUUUUGACGAGUCUGCUCUUCGGCAUCUGUGCAGGAAACCCGUGGGCCGUGGCUUUUGAUGUGGACAUGCACCGGGCUAUACAGAAAGAGGAGCUCGUGAUUCAGGAGGAGCUGGCAGCCAACGGAAGUAUCAAAACAUGGUAUGGCCCGUGUUUCAACCGGCUGACGAUGUUGACAGAAGUGGGAUUUUGCCUGGCCGACUUUGUCAUGGAUGUCCAAAUGGUGCUCGUCUACUGCUACACCUACCACUACAUCUUCGCAGCCAUCCAAGGCUUCAUGGCCCUGCGGAGCUUUCUUGAACAGGUGUUCUUCCGGGGUCUCCUUUCCUUCAUUCGGGAGACGCGCCUGUCCUUGAAAUCCAACUUACGGACAGACUAUUUCGUGUCUCUGGUGCAGAGUGAGAAAACCGGAGAAGCCACUUUGUCGUUUCUUCUUCAAGUCUACACCUUCUUCUACAUGGGUCAGGAGGUGGUGGCCUAUUGGACAGCGGCGAUCUCCUUGCUGAUUAGCGCGCGAGGUCUCACACAGGGCUGCUACGUUCACUUCGAUCUGGCUUUCAUGACAUCCGAAGAUCGGCAGCCGAUCCGAGAUCUCCAAGGUGGUGAUCCGGAGGUGGUGCAGACUUUCUCCUUUGUUCUGCCAGACCCCGAGGCACGCGUCCAUCGCAAGAGAAAUGUGCCUGUUCUUGCAAAGCCAGCACCAGCACCACCUAUGGAGAUGCCAGAGCGCUCCGGGGUGGACUUACCAACAGAGGUUCGGGCAGAAACUUGCUUGAGGUUGCCCAAGGAGGAACCAGAGCUGGCAGGACCACCCAAUGCGGCCGACGCAGCCCCAACACCGCCCCAGGAGGUCCCGAAGAACCUUGCUCUGGAUUUGCCAGGAGAGAUACAGGAAGAGGCUGACGAGAAAUUGCCCGAAGGCAGCUCCCUCAAAUGA